AUGGAUAAAACAAGUUACAAAUUCGAGAUUGUGCUUCCACCUAGCCCAAUGCCUUCUCAACCUAAUGCAAACGAAAUUCUAACCGAAGAUUCAUCCCAUCACUAUUUGAAUGACUUGAGAUGGAAAGAUAAAGAAGAUGCAAAGAAAUGGGCUAGAGAACGUGGCAAGUCAAUUAUGUGUGUUAUAGUUUAUAAUGGAUCAACAAAUGACCGCCACUUUCAAAUGGUUUGCGAGUGUAGUGGAGAAAGUAAAAGUCAUGUGAAAAAGGGUACCCUAUAUGAACCAAAGACGAAUAGGAAGAAUACUACUUUCACUAAGAAGACUAAAUGCCCGUUCAAGCUUCAAUUCAAGCACAACAAGAAAAGUGUGAAAAGUGAGGAGUGGUAUUGGUAUUUGGAGAAAGUUGUAUGCGGUCGUCAUAACCAUCCCACACCGGAUACUUUGCUAUCCCAUCCUUAUGCGGCGCGGCUUAAUGAUGAAGAAAACUCAUUGUAA